AUGCCGAAGUUCUCCUUGUACGCAAGGCUCCGGGCAGCUGAAGAGGAGGCUGGCAAGGACAAGCUGCGUACGAGGCUCGUGCAGCUUCUUGUGGUGCUGGAGACCACCUCCAUGCUGUGUUUCGUUCAAGUGGCGACCCUCACCCAUGGAGUCUUCAUAGUGAUCCCGCUUGCAGCUCUAUUGCUGGCUGCUGCAAUCCGAUUUCACUCGAGGCCGCGCAUCCUGGUAACUGAGCCGCUUUGCCUACUAUGGCCUCAGAACCAGUCGAGACAUGGCCUUGCACGAGAGCAAGUCUCCAGCGUGAGGUUUGUGGCGUUUGUGUGUCUCCUGAAGCUGGUCUGCUCUGCUUCCUUCUGGGCGAGCCCCGCGAGCAUCGGCCUCUUGCAAGACUUCUGCCCCGAUUCAGUCCCCUUACCGAACUGCACACGCUACGCCGACAAGACAGGAAACAUGCGGUGUGCAUACAUCAAUCUCAUGUUAGAAGCGCCAGAUGCCAAACGCAAACAACUUUACGCAAGGGUCGGUGACCCAUGCUGGGACCAGUGCGCCGGUUGCAGUCCCGAAGAAAAUGUGUCUGGUCGAUGGUUCAAGCGCAUUUCUUUUCGUUGUGAUCCUGCUGAGGAUUGCUAUCUGUCUUGCUGCCAGUGCCUGCACUGCCACCUUUCGCCUGCACUGCCAAACUGGCUAAAGCAAGGAUGCAGCACCCAGGCCUUCGCUCCGACAGUUGCAAUGGAGCUCUAUGUUUAUGCAAAGGAGGGGGAAGUAUACACCCCAGAGCCUGUCCCAUACUACGAGAACCGGACCUGGCACUCCGAAAACACGAUGCUCGCACAACUCUCUCGCUGCGCCUUGACCCACGGCAAGAACGAAACCAUUCAAGUCCAGGCAGUGGUGCCAGUUGUCGCGGCACUCCAGUGCCUGCCCUUGGGUGCCCUGAUAGCCUGCAUCUUGCUCGGCAUGCUGUGGCCUAUGCUCAGGAGCGGAAGUGCCUUUGACAUGCUGGGCAAUGCGCAGAUGGACCUCAACACCCUUGAAGCCAUAGAUGCUAAGGCAGCGCAGCUCCGAGACCAGAUUGCGCACAGAAGGCUGCCAUCCUCACCAAAAGUGAAAUUCCAGCUAUGGAUGGAGAUGGUUCUUUUCAUGCUGGACUAUUUGUCGGACUACAACUGCCUCCUACAGUUCUUCCUACAAGGGGCCUACGCCGCAGCAGCCGUGCAGGUUGCUAUCAUCGUCGCUCCGCUGGCCUUAGACUGCUACCGUGGGAAGAUACAGCUAGUCGAGGUUCUGAGCGGAUUUGCAGCUUCGCGCAGAAAGGGCUUCCCCACAGACAAGUUCAUUUUGGCACUUCGUUCAGAGAAAAGCAUUGAAGCUCCACUGUCGAUGUUCCUGCAGUACUACACUCUACUGCGCACCACCAGUGCUUCGGGGAUCUGGAGUCUUUGCAUCUCGAUGCCCCUCAGCAUUCUGUGCAUCUCCAAGCAUGUCUAUGCCACCUUUGAGCUACACCUCUUGGAGGUGUUGGAGACAAGGCAGCAGCCAAGGCACCCCAACCACUCGGAGCUACAAAGCACGCCGCUGGGUUCAGCACAGGCCAGUGGCCCUCAUCACAGUCCAGUUCCUCCCCUUUCAGCUGAAGGGUGGAGAAGACGCACGAGCCCCACAACUCAAGGCUCGCCGCCGGCGCCGAGUCCCAUGCAGGCAUACCCAGCCCGGCCCCCUGGCCUGGUACAUCCAAGCCGAGGCGAGCUGCUUGACAUCACUGUGGAGGACCAGAAGGUGAACAGCAAAGAGUAG